AUGCGCGUGUCUUCUGUGCUUUGCGAAGUCUGUUUUAACACUUCGCAGGGAUUCCUUGUUGGCUAUCUCAUCAUUGGCUGGCUUGUAUCUGAUAUUGCUCCUGGAGCUAAGCAAUGGGACGUUCAACUCGAAAACCUCGGCUCAUUCCUAUAUUACAUUCACGCCGGCACGGUCAUAUACGGAAUCAGCAUAUCUUUAAUCAAGCUUCCAAUCUUGCUGCAAUGGCUUUGCGGGGCACGGUCAUAUACGGAAUCAGCAUAUCUUUAA